GCGGGCAGCGGGGCGGCGGCGGCGGCGGCGCGGGAGCGCCAUAUAAAAUGAUCAACUUCUAAAUUGGUGGCUCUGCUGAAGAGUAUGACACCAAAAUUCGAGGCAGAGGCCUUAGAGCCGGAACCCCGAUAAACCCGUUAAGUAGUCUGCAGCUCCGGUCCUUUUCUCUUGAUAAGAAAACUAUUAUUAUCUAAGUAUAUAUGUUGCUGUAGGAUCAAUUUACAUCUACAUAAUCUGGCGUAAGGUGACCAAUACAUAUACGCCACCCACAUACCACGGUGACCAAUACAUAUAUUGUACCAUGUUUAGUAAAUAAACACUCUGAACGGACUAAGAUUUGGAACUGGAACUGGAAGUUACUGUGGCGCCACACAGUAACUUUUAUUCAGCUUAAAAUUACCUAUCCAAUGAUGUAACAUACAUAGCUAUUGGAAGUGGGACGAGAUUUCAUAGAAACUGGCAUCCUCGUUUACGUAGGUACGUAUAAACGUGCUCCCACACAGCAGUUAUAUAACGUUAUACAACAUUGUGUAACAUUUAUAAUAGCAUGUAACAUACUCUACAACCACUGUUAUAAUUUGUUUAAACACAAAUGUUAUUGUUACACAUUGUUGUAUAACGUUAUAUAACCGCUGUGUGGGAGCACCUUAAUAGUGACUUUUAUAGCAAAAUGUACCUAUACAAUACUUAUUAUACUCUUUGGUCUAAUGCGAUUGUGAAUAGACUAUACAAUAUUCAUAAUGCACAGAUGUAGGUAUAGUCUAGAGAAAAACAAUAAUUUACCUCCUUCUUAAUUCUACGAUUAAAAAAACAGACGUCACUUUUGUAAUUAGAAUUACGUUUAGAGAAAUUUUGAGAGUAUAUUUACAUAAUUAAACCAUGGAAAUAACAUAUUUAUUUAUUUUGUAAAUAACAUCUAAAUGAAUAAAGUCAUUUAUUUUCAACAGAAUUUUACUUUAUAAACACCUCCUUGCCAGCGCACAAAGCAAUGUCCAAACCUAUAGAUAUAGAUAAACCAAAAUGGGACCAGAGUACAUACGCGGGCCGUGCCAAACAUUUCCUUCUUCUUACGAACCCAAUAAACUGUUUAGCUAGUGAUGAUGACUUGGAUAUGGCUAAAAGGAUUAUUGACGAAUACAGGAAAACAAAAGUAAUGCCAAAAGGUUACAAUGAGGAAAAGUUAUGGGCAGCUAAAUACCUGUACGACAGUGCAUUUCACCCAGACACAGGCGAGAAGAUGCUUAGAGUCGGUCGUAUGUCGGCGCAGGCGCCUAUGAACACAGUGAUCACAGGGUGUAUGGUAACUUUCUAUAAAACAAAGCCAGCCAUUAUGUUUUGGCAGUGGUUGAAUCAGACGUUUAACGCCAUAGUUAAUUACACCAAUCGGUCAGGAGACGCCGUUAUCACUACGAAGCAGUUGUUUGCAUCGUAUUGUGCAGCUUGUGGUGGUGCUCUGUCUACGGCUUUGUACCUCAACAAUAAAGUUAAGGGCAUGAAUCCAGUGUUCGCGCGGUUGGUGCCCUUCGCAGCAGUAUGCGGCGCUAACUUCAUCAAUAUCCCCAUGAUGAGGAGCAAUGAGCUAAUAAACGGAACGCCUGUAUUUGCACCAGAGGGCCAGAGAGUUGGUGACUCUAAAGUCGCUGCUCGUACAGGGAUUCUUCUCGUGUGCAUAUCUCGAGUGGCGAUGGCCCUUCCGGGCUUAACUCUGGUCCCGAUUAUAACAAAUACGGCAGUACAGAAAGGCUUAUUCUGCCACUACCCAAUGGCCGUCAUACCAUUCCAAAUAGCUCUUGUGUCCAUUUGUGUCACCUUGGCUACACCACUCGGCUGCGCUUUUUUCGAGCAGAAAGCUACUUUGAGUAUUGAUAGUGUAGAAAAACCUAUAAAGGACAAUGCAAUUAAGUUAUCACCAAAGAUAAAAACAGUUUAUUACAACAAAGGUUUAUGAGGAGUAAACCAGUAUAUCGCAUAAUUUUACCAAGUUGAUAACGACGGUGUUGCUGCCAACUGUAUUUACUGGUACCUACCCAUAGACUAUGUGGGUCGCACUGGUACUCUUUUAACGAAGACCAGCAACGUUUGUUCAUGUCUAUAUCAUAAAAAGCAAGUUGUCACUCGUGCCUUGUUUAUGGGACAAGGAUUUCGAAGUAACGAGCAGAAACUUAAUUCUGGAAUUAAUGGCUACCUUGAACGACCUUUGUAUUAGAAUCGGUUGAUACAAGAACCCUUAAUAAUUAAAAAAUUUUAAUUAAUUAUUGUUGUAGAACUUUUUGAUAGAGAUGAAACGGAUAUCUGGUAACUAUCUGGUAUCCGGGGUAUCUGUCCUGGCUACUAUCCGGUCAGAUACCGGAUAGUAGCGCACCGCGCGUUUCCCGCGACACCGUUCGCGUUGAAUUCUUUACGCCUUGAAUUAUUUUCUUUACGUCUAUAUCGCGCUUUUCCUUGGGAAUACAAAAUUUUCUCCUUUCUCAUUGUCUAAUCUAUCUCUAUACCAAAUUACAGCAAAAUCUGUUCUGUAGUUUAGGCGUGCUUGUAACGAGUUAAGCGGCCGAAUAUUUGGUCGCCGGAUUUCUGGCGCUCCGGUCUCGAUGCUAACCGAAUAUCCGGUAUCGGACCGAAUCACUAUCCGUUUCAUCCCUACUUUUUAUUAUAAUUUACACUUUUUCUAUGUAAUAAUAGGGUUUUGAACAUUUCUUGAUUUGUAAAUUCUUAUUUAUGCAAGGAUUGGUUACAUUUUGGUCUCAUUUUAACAUGGGUUCUAUUAAUAAAUUAGCAGGCAGCAUUAAAAGCAGCCUGGGGCAGACCCCGUCAAACAUUUUGUUAGUUAUUUGGGACGAGCGAGACGGACGAGUUAGGCCGUCUGCAGACAAAUUUUAAACUUAUAAAAUGUUAAGGCGUUCAUUGCAGGGUUGUAUAAUGCACCUAUUAAGAGUAUUUCUUUGCAUAUUUCGUCAAAUAAAUGAUUAUAUUUUAACUAUUAAAACUACCAAUGUGUAUAUCCCUUCAAAGUGUAGGUAUACUGAUUUUCUGAUUUUGUAAGACAUGUGUAAUUAUGUAGUCGACUUAUUUACAUUAGUUACCUUAGUGGUGCUUCAGUGUUUUGAGACAAAUUAAAUAUUUUUAUUGAGUUUAAA